AUGACAAGAUAUCUCGCGUUAUUGGUUCUGUUUGCAAGCUUGUUCAUGCACGGUUGCGAAGCAACAGAUGUAAAACGUCAGGACCCUCCACCAGCGUCCACCUUAUCAAGUCUACCGAGCGAAGACGAACACGCCGCGUAUGCCGAUGAUGCAGUUCAGGUCGGUUUCUCAGAACCAUCACCAGAGUCGAAUUUCACUGAACCUUCCCAAGAAUCGAACACCACAAAACCAGCUUUACCACCUCUCAUCGACAGCGGCACGGUGUCCCGUCAACAAUAUGACACUAUUAAACUCACCAUUGACAUCAUCAUUAAACCAAUCGUCUGCCUGGUGGGACUUGUGUUAAACGUCAUCGGUAUAUGUGUACUUCUUCAACCAGAAUUACGUCACGGGUUCUACGUGUACCUUGCUGCAUUGUCGUUCGCAGACUCGGGAUACCUUGUGUGUGGACUUCUCCGCUCGGCUGUUAAAUUCUAUGGAUAUUUUGACAUCGUUGAAGCUACUAUUAUAGAAAACACCAUCGUGCCCUAUGGAGAUCGACUAAUCGAGAUUGCGUGCUGUAAAUUGGGCGCCUACUGCAUCAUGUUGUUCUCACUCGACAGAUUCAUUGCUGUUUUUCGACCUCUCAAGGUCAAGAACUUUAUCCUUUCCCACCAUUCGAAAGCCAUAUGCCUUUCAGUGGGUAUUAUUGUCCUGGUGUUCCACAUUCCUAAAGUCACCAACUUCGAACCUGUGACCGUAUUUGAUAAGGACCUCAACAUGACAUUCACAAGGUUAAGAACAAUCACGUACGACGACGGUAGCGUCAUGGACACCUUGCUGGCUGUUUACAACAUGGUAUACGACCUCCUGUUUACGUAUAUCCCCCCUGUGUUUGUCUGUGUGGUGAACAUGUGCAUAAUAGUCCAGAUCCAGAGAACCCGCAACUUCCGGAAACGACUACUGGCCGUAACUUCGACUUGCAAGGAUACUGAACAACAGAAGCUCAUUGUCACCGUAUUCGUCAUAUCAGCGUUCUUCCUCAUGGUCUACAUUCCGUUGAUAACUAUCCGCAACUUAACAGCGAACAAUCCGGAUUUUCGCCCCUUUAAACGUGAGCAUUACCUCUUGAUGAUAUUUCCACCGUUUGUGUCGCUGGGUUGGUCCAUCAACGCUGCCAUUGACUUCACCGUGUAUUUGGGGACGAGCGAGCGUUUUCGGUUGACACUCUACAAAAUGUGUUGUGGGAAGCGAAGGGACGCAGGAAGGAGACGCAGCUGUCUCUGGUGUCUGAAGACUAACUACAACUCCCCCAACCAUCAGCCGCAUCAGCACCAACUCCACACAGAGCACGCGCAGUGA